UUUAAGAGGGCGGAGUGUCAGGUCUUUAUAGCUUGGCUAUAUCUGCAGCAGUGCACAUGGAUACAAGCGGAGACAAACGCAAAUAAGUAUUUCAUGCUGCAUAGUCAGCCGCCACAUGGAGUGCCGAAGUUUGAUAAAAACUGAUAUACAACAACAGCUAACUGACGGCUAUGUUGUACUGUAUCCGACAUGGGAUUCAUCUUUGUUCCCGCUGUAAAGAACCUGUAUUGGAGUUAGUCUAAGCGUGAUUUGAAACAUUUAUUUUUCUACGGGUGACAGGACACCUGAAGAACUAUAUGAAAACACUUUAUUGUGCAUUUCUAUCACACCGUGAGUCGUCUGCAGCCAAAGUAUAAUUGAUUCUCAGUGAAAUUCUUGAGGUUCGACGAUAAGAGCGAUUACGCAUCGCCAUGAAACUUCACAUCGGUCUGCAAAUGAUGCAGAGGAGACAGGGAUGACAAACUGGUGAAGAAAGCGGAUUUAAAAUAUACUAUUAUAAUCUCUAUGUGAAAAUAUAAUUUUUGUAAUAACGGCUUCCAUGGUGAUUAUUCAUGAUCCCAUGUAGCAGAAGAAAACUAAAAGGCUACAAAUGAUCUUUGUCGAUACGUAACGCUGAAGUCCCCAUGCGUUAUUCAGUUAUCUGGAUAGCAAUGUGCAUGUAAACUGCAACUUGUAACAAGUAUUUUUAUGACUUAAUAUUUAUUACAUAUUGCCACGUUUUCAUUUACAUUCGAUAUUCAGCAAUGCGCACCUUUUGCUGAGGGCUGUUCACAUUGGAUAAUAGAAACGGGGAUGACUUUUUGGAACUUAAUAAACUAUCCAUUUGGAUGGUCAGUGGACAUUUGUAAAAAUCCCACAGUCAGUUUUGAUGCAGCCAAGUCUAUGAUUUGAAUCCCUUUUUGAAUGAUACAUUAUCACUAAAUCAAAAUGGAUUUUUUUCAAGAGGCGAAAAGAAACAUGUUGCAUCUCCAUGCGCUACAAUCAAUCAUGGUACUUUUAGGGGUAGCAGACUGUCGAGUCUUGGAGGGAUUGCAGAGAUUUUCAUCCAUCCCCACCUACUUGCCUGUCAACUACCAGGUGGUCAACGCAGAGUCUGCCUUCUUCCUGAAGGAGGCCAACCAGGAGUUUAUGAGGAACUCCAGCCUGCUGUCGCGGACGGAGCCCUUCUUCAUCUACCAGGCCCGCAGCAUGCCCUCAGUAAACGCCAGCUAUGGCCCCCUCUCUGUGGAGCAGCCUGUCCCCCCAGAGCUCAUCCAGAACCCUGGAGCCUUCGUGGCGUCCUCCAUGUUCACCUUCAACUGGAAGGUGCAGACCUUCAUCAUCCAGGACAGGAUCUACCUUGCCAAGCCCAGGGUCCAGGUGCUGUUCUACGUGGCCGGCAGGGACUGGGACGACUACAGCGCCAUCGACAAGCUGCCCUGCGUACGAAUGUUUGCCUUCCACGAGACCCAGGAGGUGCGUGGCACCUGCCAGCUGAAGGGGGAGCUGGGGCUGUGUGUGGCUGAGCUGGAGCCCCUGGCCGGCUGGUUCAGCCCCCCCAGCGUAGUGCCUGGGCGUCAGAGGACUAUAGAGCUGGCCGAGGGGACCACGGUGGAGCUCUACUACAUGUUACAGUCAACAGAGGCAGGGGAGUGCCACUCGGAGGAGGCCCAGAAAGGCAUCUCCAUCCGCUCGGAUCAAGAGGGGCUGUUUGGCUCAUCCACCUCCACCCCCAUGAGGAGGAUCGGCAGUGUGCGUCUGUACCAGAUCCCUGCCGCUCCUUUCCUGACUGAACACAGGCUGGAUAGUAACUUCCUGGUCAUGGUGCCAGCCAUGCCGAUGAGGCAGAGGGACACUGUCUCCGCCUUCAUCACUGCCUCAGCCUUCUCUCCUGUGGAAAUGUUCACCCUAAGGGUCAAGUUGAAAGAGGGCAUGGCGUUUCUGGGUGCCCGGCCCAGCAACCCCACCCUGUGGAUGGUGAGCCAGGAUGUGAGGAGUGAGGGGCACAGGGUGGUCACCCUCCAUUGCCGCAGGAAAGAGUCCAGCUACGGACAAAGGUCAGAGGUGGGUGUCCAGAGGGUCCUACAGGUGGAUCUGGAGGUGGACAGCUUCCUGGAUCCACUGGGCAGCCGCUGGAUUACGUGGCAGGUGGAGUACCCGGGCAGCCGUGCCACCACGCAGGAGGCAGAGACAGAGAUCCGGCUUGCCCAGAAAGACCUGGGGGGCAUUGUGCCCCUGGCCAUGGACACAGAGAUCCUGAACACGGCCGUGUUGACAGGAAAGACAGUGGCUGUCCCGGUGAAGGUGGUGACCAUCGGAGCAGACGGCACGGUCACUGACGUCUCAGAGGCAGUGGACUGUCGCUCCACAGAUGAAGAUGUGGUCAAGGUGUCAGACAGGUGUGACUAUGUGUUUGUGAAUGGGAAGGAGAUGAAGGGCAAGGUGAGGAUGAUGGUGAACUUCACCUACAGCUACCUGAGUGCUCAGCUGGAGAUGAACGUGUGGAUCCCACGGCUGCCCCUCCAGAUCGAGGUGUCUGACACAGAGCUCAGCCAGAUCAAGGGGUGGAGGGUUCCCACCACGGCAAGCAGCCAAAGGUCUGCACGGGACAGUGAUGAUGAGGAUGAUGAAGACCGGAGAGGGAGGAGCUGCACGUUACAGUACCAGAAUGCCAUGGUUCGAGUUUUGACAUACUUUGUGGCCGAAUCCACCGACCCACGUGGUCAGCUGACCUUCAUGCUGGGCAGUGAUUGGCAGGUGGACAUCACUGGGCUGGUGUGGGACUUCCUGAAGGUGGAGAACCCCCAGAUAGCUCAGCUACAGGACAGACGCAUACUUGUGGGACUAGACAUGGGGAUGACCACCAUCCAGGUGCUAUCCCCCCUGUCUGACUCCAUCCUGGCAGAGAAAACUGUGACGGUGGUGGAUGACAAAGUGACCAUCACAGAACUGGGGGUGCAGCUGGUCACCGGCCUGGCUCUGUCCCUGCAGCUCAGCCCAGGAAGCAACAGGGCUAUCCUCGCCACGGCAACCACACAGGAAGUGCUGCAGAGCCCCAAACAGGAGGCCCUGAUCAGCGCAUGGCUGCAGUUCAGUGAUGGCUCCAUGGCUCCUCUGGACCUGUACAACCCAGACUACUUUGUCCUGAUGGCUACAUCUCUGGAUGAGGAGGUGGUGACGGUGCAGCAAGACCCCUUCUGGAAGUGGCCUGUGAUCGUGACCGAGUCCGAGGGCCAGGGCCUGCUGGUCAGGGUGGAGAUGACCGUCUGUGAGCUCUGCCAGAAGUUCAAACGCCGCAGCGUGCUGGCUGCAGGCAACUGCAACGUCAGGGUGAAGUUUGGCCUGAGCGACACCGGCACCUCCAGAGGCAGUGACUACGGGCCAGAGGGCGAGGAGCUGGAGAACAGGGCCAGCGACCGCAGACAGCAGUCCCCUUCCCAGGACAGGACUGGUCUGGACGCCCACUACUACGGCAGCUCCAUCUCUGACAUGGACAACGGGGUCAUGAGGAGGGUCACCACCACCACCACCAAGAGUACCAUCGUCAGGAGGCCCAAUGGAGACAAGCUGUCAGACGAUGGGAACCAGGUCCAGAACAUGCCAGACCUCUCUGAAUUCCCUGCUCAGGUCGACCUCCCUCGCAGCCGCAACAUGGACGAUGAUCUGAUCCAGACAGCCCGGGGCCUCACUGACCUGGAGAUUGGCAUGUACGCCCUGCUAGGGGUCUUCUGCCUGGCCAUCCUGGUCUUCCUCAUCAACUGCAUCUCCUACACCCUCAAGUACCGCCACAAAGAGAUGUCCAUCGAGGGCCAGGAGAGCAUGAACCACGCCCAUGACUGGGUGUGGCUGGGGAACGAGGCGGAGCUGCUGGAGAGUCAAGUUAGUCUGUCCCCCCAGCAGGACGAGCUCACCUCCAUGGUGGACUGCACUGCGGGGCUGGAGGAGGGCAGCCACCUGCUCAACGGGGCCUCUGUCCAGAAGAACGUGCAGGGCCAGGUGCACCGGGCAGCAGACACUGGGGGCUGCACAGCCAAGGACAGCAAAGGAGACUCGCCGACCACAAAGAGGAAGCGUGUGAAGUUCACCACGUUCACCACCAUCCUGCCGGACAAUGGCUGCCCCACUGUCAGCACACUGAGCAUGGGUCACAGCCAGGACAUUAAGUGGGUGUGUCAAGACGUAGAGCUAGGGGACUACAAGGAGCCCUGGAACUACAUGGAGAGGUUAAAUGACAGUGCUUUAAAAGAGGUGGCGUAGUCUGUGUGCUCAGUGCACUUACAGCGAACUCACCCUUAUGCCUUUCACAGUGAAGUUGGCCUGGACAACACCUAAAACUAAACCCAGAGGAGGUUGAAAUCUGGAAAAUGUAUUCAAUGGGACAAAAACAGUAAUGAUACCACACAGGAAUAAUUGAAAAUCAUUAACUUGAAAAUAAAUGAGGAUGUCUGUUUAUUUUUUGAUAAUUUGUUUAUCUCUUAAUAUCUUCCUACCUUUUUAUCAUUAUUUCAUUAUGGUUAUUUUGUAGGUAGACUUAAACCAUGUUCCCAGACUAGCUCUGCAUUACUGACAAAACUACGGAAUGUUAAGCAGAUGAAAUGUGGAUUUAAGAAUGUAAUCUGAAUAAAUAUGUAAGAUGUAUAUAAAGUACUCAUAGAAAGGUUUUGGAAGUUUUGUAGCAUUUUGAAUAUUGAUUUCCUAUUGCACAUAGUUUUUUUUUAAUCAUUAUUUUAUUAUGGUUAUUUUGUAGGUAGACUUAAACCAUGUUCCCAGACUAGCUCUGGAUUACUGACAAAACUAGGAAAUGUUAUGCAGAUGAUAUGUAGAUUUAAGAAUGUAAUAUGAAUAAAUAUUUAAGAUGUAUAUAAAGUACUCAUAGAAAGGUUUUGGAAGUUUUGUAGCAUUUUGAAUAUUGAUUUCCUAUUCCACUUAGUUUAAAACAAUAUAUAUAUAUAUAUAUAUAUAUAUAUAUAUAUAUAAAUGUCUGGCCUCCCAGAAUAGACCAGAGAUAGCCUACAGAACAUCCUGCAUGCGGUUUGAAAUGAAGGCACAUGGCUAUGUAUAUACUGAACAGUCCUCCUACAAGCCAUUGUAUUGUUGCUCUAUAUAUUGUAUUUUCAUAUCUAUCAUUUAAAGAAUAUUCAACAAUGUAGAGUAUGCGUGUCCACUUCUAUCCACUAACCACAUGGAAAUACAUUAAACACGCUCACAGGAAUUUCUCUUUGCUGCCCACUAUCUUCAAUGACUGGAGAUUAGUGCUUUUCCAUGUUAUGUCUUCAUAUAAGCCACACAGUAUAAUUAAUAUGGUGUAGGAGUUGUAAUCGACUACAAUAAUUACCAGUAAUGGAAUCAUUUCACAAAGGCUACAUUUCCAUGGUGAAGAAAACUAUUCACCCAUUAGGCCACUGUAAGUCAUUUGCUGCUCUUCUAUUCUCAGAAUUUAGCCAAACAUACUUAACUCAACUGUAUAUUAGAUCAAUCCAUUAAGCUUUGUAGCACAACAGCUAGAUUUGGAUAAAGGAUGAAGCUGUCUCCAAUUAUUCCACCAGCAACUAUUAGAGUGAUUCUCUACAAUAACAUGACGCCUACUGCAUGAAUAAUGAUUGUUCUACAUGUUAAUGUGACAUUUCCUCUACAACCCCUCACAUUAAAAUACUGUGAGCUUUGGCAGAAAUGCCAAUUAUGGUCAAAUUAACCCAUCUCUGAGCCUGCAGAAAUGCUCGGCGAGGACAAAGUGGAAUGGGAUUUCCUCUUGCUCUUUUGAAAUGGAAAAUUCCCAUCAUCAACCCUAAUAAAUAAGCCAAGCAUUCUACAGUAGGUGGGGAAAGAGGAUGGGGAAAACAUUUCCACUGUAGUUACUUCAAAUAUGAGUAAUUUAGCUAACCAGCACAGUCAUAAUAUCAACUUGACAUCAAUAAUCAAUGUGACUUUUUGAGAUCAUGUUGCAAUAUCUACUGCUAGGGAGUAGACACUAGACAGACAGCUGAGCCAGCAAAUUACAGCAAUAUCCUUUCACUGCUGAAUUAAACUAGUUGUUGUGUCUACAAGGCCCAUUGAAUAGUGCUCUCCUGAAAGCUCAUGUGCACUGAUAGGAGCCCUCCUCAUUCCUUUAUCCAUUUAGUUCAAGUAGCUUGUCUACAUGAUUCCCUGCUGCUCCUGCGGUUCCUCUAUUGAUCUUACGCUCUAUGGUGAAUGAAAACCUCCCUUCUAUCUCUGUUUAUCUCUUCCUCCCUCUGUCUUUCCCUCUGUUUCUCUCUCCUCUCACUCUUUGUCUCUGUUUCUCCCCUGUCCUGAUGAAUGAUUUUUUCUUUUUCCUCUGCUCUUUUUUCUUCCCCUGUGUGAUUUGGCCUAUGCUGUGGCUCUAUCAGUGGAGUGGAGUGGGAUUGAUGUGGGGGCUGUGUGCAGUGCAGUGUGCUGGGACUGUGAACGCUGUGCACUGUGGACUGUGAAGGGCGCAGAGAGCCAUCCAGGCCUAGGAAGAAUUUAACAUGAUUGAUGGAGGGAAGGAGGGCCCUCUGUAAUUAAUACACCACUAUCACUCUGUUUCUUUGCCCAGUGGUGACUUUGGCCUUGCCACUUAGAGACAAAGCAGCAGCACAGGCUAUUACAAGUCCACUUGUUCCUUUGUUUUAUCCCUCCUGAGUCUCUGUUUGGAAAUAGAUAUACCUAAAUGAAAUUACAGAUAUAAUACGUUUGCUUUGUAGUCCAGGCAAACAUAAAUAAAACUCCCAUAGGACUCCACUUGGAUAUACUUAACUGAAUUGACCAUGAGACCAGCAGUACACUCACAGUAAAUGAGGAGCUGUUCUGUUCUCCCUGUGGUAGUGAUGUACACUCUGUGUGUUUACUCUCUCGAAAUUGACUUAUGUAGCUUACUGUUAUAUAUAUAUUUUUGGUACAUCUUUUGCAGUGUGUUAUAAUAACUAACAUACACAGACUCAAGCAUCUACAAACACGCGCACGGGCACACACACACAGACUUCACACAUCGUUUGAGGUUGAGUUCUCAGACUGUGCUGGUGAUCCUUCUAAAUUUUGGAAAACCAUAAAUGCACUGAAGCGUGGAAAUGCCUUUCCUCCCCUGCCUAAGCAAGUUGUCUCAGAUUCUGGCAUCAUUACUGAGAAAAAUAAGAUAAGUGAUUCUUUUAAUCAGCAUUUUAUCUCUGCAGGCUUUUUAUUUGAAAUAAAUUGUGGUUUAAUUAACCCUGGUCAGUCAGUCGACUGCUCUUCCCUCUCCCAGCCUACAGUUGGCUCAUUGGAAGAUCAUUCAACUUCUAGCGAAUCUAGAGCAACUUUCUACUUGUGAUGUGCUAGAUGCCUUGCUUAAGAUAGAUGUCGACAAAACAAAAUACGCUAGACAAGGUGGGAUCUUUUUGUGUGAAUUAUUCGAGAAAUGUCGGUGGAAACCCUUUAAUGCGCAAGUAUUUAUAUAAUCGUAUCGAAGUAAACUUGGAGUCACGCGAUGACAUGUGGUGUGGUCCUCCCACUACUGUGAGUCAGGAAA